AUGGAUUCUUCUUGCAAAAGUGUCAGUGUUUUCUUGCUGUAUCUGAUCUGCUUCUUUCACAGGAUGAUGAUGCUCACUUUCACUACCUGUUCGGAUGCUGCUAUGGUCGCUGCCCGUAUGGAAGUGGAGGAGGUGGAGAGGAAGAUGAGGAGGUGCAGUGCAGAGCAGAGCUCUGCGUUGCUUGAAUUCAAGUCAUACUUCAACUUCAGCCGGCCAGGUCACUCAUAUUGCCUCGUUUAUUCACAUUCACCGUUGGAAUCUUGGAAGGAGGGAACUGACUGCUGCUCCUUGUGGGAUGGGAUCACUUGUGAUAACGAGACCGGUCAAGUGAUUGGCAUCGACCUUAGUUGUGGUUCGUUCCAAGGGAACAUCCCUCCUAACACCACCGUCUUCCACCAUUUUCCUCAACUCCAGGAGCUCAACCUCGAUUUCAACGACUUCGGCGGCUCUCGCAUUCCCUCCUCUUUCGGUCACCUUUCUAGAUUGACUCAUCUCGAACUUCAAUAUUCUGGAUUUUCAGGAGAAAUUCCAAUGGAACUCUCUUACUUGACACAGCUAAUGCAUCUUAAUCUUGCUUAUAAUCAUCGUUUGAGGUUCAAGAAAACUGGAUUUCAGUUGCUUGUUCAAAACCUAACUAAAAUAAGAGAACUCCAUCUCAGUUCAAUAAACAUAUCUUCAACCGUUCCCAUUUCCUUGCUCAAUCUCACUUCUUCAAACACCCUCGCACUCGAUGGGUGUGAAUUGCAUGGACAACUCCCUGACGGAAUGUUCAACCUACCAUAUUUGGAAGUAUUUCAUGUAGGAUAUAACAGUCUUCUCACCGGUAACUUUCCAAAGUUCAUAAACUUGAGCAAUUCUCUCAAAAGGUUGCAACUUGAAUUCACAAGUUUUACGGGGCAACUGCCUGACUCAAUUGGGAAUCUCGGAUCACUAGAGUGGUUACAUGCUACCCAAUGCAACAUCUAUGGAGCAAUUCCUGCGUCGCUCAGUAAUCUUACUUCAGUCACGAGUAUAGAUCUUUCAAACAACAAUUUAUCAGGCCCUCUUCCUUCAAUCGGACUAUCCAAUUUGCAAUCAUUAGCCUUGGAUCAUAACCAUAUCACCGGUACAAUUCCACCUGGGUUAUUUGCUUUGUCGGCUUUGACUGCCUUGCAGCUAAGUUGCAAUAUGUUCACUGGACACAUAAAUGAGAUAAAUUCCAGUUCACUGGAGAUGAUUAAUCUGCAGCACAACAAGCUAACUGGUACACUUGGGAGUUCAAUGUUCAAACUCGAAGUUCUUACCCAUCUGAUUAUCUCAUCAAAUAACUUUAGUGGUGAUAUAAACUUCGACAUGCUCUGCAGUCAAAACUUUCUCAGGGUUCUUGAUGUGUCAAAUAAUAGCUUCAGUGGUGUGAUUCCAAAAUGUGUGGGAAACCUCAAUGAAAAUUUACUUGUUCUUGAUUUGGGAAGCAAUAACUUUUUCGGGAUUGUCCCUGACACAUUUAUGAGAGAUAAUAACUUGACAACUAUCAAACUUAAUGGCAAUGGAUUCCAAGGACCAGUGCCGAAAUCUUUAGUCAAUUGCACACACCUAGAAGUGCUAGAUCUCGGAAGAAACAACAUCUCUAAUAAGUACCCACACUGGUUGGAAAAUUUGACAUAUUUGCGAGUUCUUAUCUUGAGAGCCAACAGAUUCCUUGGACCCAUUUCAAUCUCCAAGACUAAACAUCCCUUCCCCAGCUUGCAAGUUAUGGACUUGUCAGAAAAUUGUUUCACUGGUCCACUACCAACAACAUAUUUUAGAAAUUUUAUUGCUAUGAUGGACAUCAGCGAAGCCAACUAUGAACGCGAAUACAUUGGCCUCAGUACUUAUGAUUAUUAUCUUGAUUCCUUGACCAUGGUGAUCAAAGGUUCAAUGCUUGAAAUGGAGAGAGUGUUGACCAUUUUCAUAGCCAUUGAUCUAUCGAGAAACAAAUUUGAAGGAGAAAUUCCAGAGAUAAUUGGAGAGCUAACUUCAGUUCGAGGGUUGAACUUAUCUCACAACAGGCUUACAGGGCGCAUACCAAAGUCUCUUGGGAAAUCGACAACGCUUGAAUGGUUAGACCUCUCUUCCAAUAAGCUUGUCGGGGAGAUCCCGAAACAGCUAACAGCCUUAAAUUUUCUUGGAGUUCUAAACCUUUCGCAUAAUCAACUAGCUGGACGAAUACCUGAAGGAGCACAAUUUGAUACAUUCUCAAACGAUUCUUAUGUUGGAAACUUGGGCUUAUGUGGACGACCGAUGUCGAAGUCAUGCAGCAAUCCUCAUGCACCCCAACCACCAAAAGGAAAGGAUUCACAAUCUUCAGAUGGUUUCGACUGGGAAGUCAUACUGUCAGGUUACGGGUGCGGAUUGGUACUGGGUCUCGUUAUGGGAUAUUUAAUGUUCUCUACAGGAAAACCCAGAGGGGUUAUGAGGAUGAUUGAAGGUGCAGAAAACAAAUGCAGGGAGUGGCAAAAGAAGCAAUCUCAGGGUCGGGGCCGCAAAUGUAGGAGAAAUUAUAGAAGGUAAAAGGUGUUCUUGGUCACUAUUAUGAAACUUCAGUCUUAAUAUCAACACGAAUGUGGAAAUGUUACAGGGAGAGGAUUUCAUUUACCUU